CACCAUCAGUCGGAUGCGAGUCGAAGACAGCCUAGAUGGCACCGUCCAUCAUUUACUCAAGAGUUUCUACAGCUGUGAAGUUGCUGUAACUUAACAAGAGGGUGGGAGCGUCACUAUCCUUUUCCAUGGCCGUGGGCUGAUAUGCGAAGCUAUGCGGCACCACUGGCUGCUCCUCGGGGCUUGCGGCUGGGUCUUGCUGAUCUUGAUCUUUGUUAGAAACCUGAUCAGCAUCAGAGCUGUAGAUGAUUAUGGGGAAAGACCUGGUCAGAGUUGGACAGUACCAGGCACCAAGGUGGUAAAACCCAUUCCUGCAUCCAACCCAGAAAAACAACUUCCAAAACCAACACAUCAGUCCUCAGUGGUCCCUACAGCGUCAGAUUGGCAGGCAGUUGCCGAGAAGCGAAUUGAGCUGCUGUCAGGCGUGUGUAAAAACAGCAGCCUCAGGAAUCUGACUCAUGUCUCCAUCAGCAAAUUCGUCCUCGACCGCAUCUUUGUCUGUGAUAAGCACAAGAUCCUGUUCUGUCAGACGCCUAAAGUGGGCAACACACAAUGGAAGAAGGUUCUCAUUGUGCUCAAUGGAGCUUUCUCUAAUGUGGAGGAGAUCCCUGAAAGCCUUGUCCAUGAUCAUGAGAAGAAUGGCCUACCUCGGCUCUCAUCACUCACUCCACAGGAAAUCACUCACAGAUUAAGCACCUACUUUAAAUUUUUCAUCGUGAGAGAUCCCUUUGAGCGACUGAUUUCUGCAUUCAAGGACAAGUUUGUGAAGAACCCUCGCUUUGAGCCCUGGUACAAGCACGACAUCGCUCCAGCAAUUAUCCGGAAAUACCGCAAGAGCCACCGCGACAGUGACUUUGCCGCCUCUGGUUUGCACUUUGAGGACUUUGUCCGCUACUUGGGUGACGUGGAAGGCCGCCGGCGUAUGGACCAGCAGUUUGGUGAGCACAUUAUCCACUGGAUAACUUAUGCAGAGUUGUGUGCACCUUGCGAAAUACACUACAGCCUGGUCGGUCACCACGAGACACUGGAACAGGAUGCUCCCCACAUCCUCAAAGCGGCAGGCAUUGAACAGUUGGUGUCUUAUCCUGACAUUCCUCCAGGCAUCACUCACUACAAUAGGACCAAGGUGGAGCGUUACUUCUCAGGCAUCAGCAAACGGGACAUCAAGCGCCUCUAUGCACGUUACCAGGGAGACUUCCAUCUGUUUGGUUACCCAAGCCCAGACUUCUUAUUGAACUAAAAUAAAUAACACCGAUUAAAACAAGUUUUCAUGAAAGAAAUACACCACGCUGUGGUGUAUUGUAGCUACCAGAGUGCCACAGAAUGGCAGAAGGGUACACUUUCUAUCAUAUAUUUAAUGUUAUUUCUGAAUUAUCCUCUGUAAUUAUUUACACUAAGAUGUAUUAUCUGUAACGCCAGGGAUGCAGGCCUAUAAUCCUGUUGUGUAGCUGUUAAAAUGCACUGUUUGGGUCAUUUCUGGAGGCUAUGAGUGAUGUUACAUGUUUCCUUUCUGUACAUCUUGCUAUAAGGUCAAAUGCAAGCAGAGAUUCUGCAUCAGGGACAAAGAAAGCAGGACAAGGAGACAUUAAAAAUGAACACUGGUAUUUUUUGUGGAAGUCUUUAAGAGAUGCAGUGCAGCAUUAACUUUUUACAUUUUUACCAUUAAUCUUUCCUUCAGAUGAGACAUAUUAAUGUUUCUUAAAACAGGAAGUUCUUAGAGAUAGCAGUAAAAGUAGUAAGAGUGUAGUUCUGUUUACUAAAACUGAAGAUGACUCCAUGUAUGUAGCUGUUAUCGCUACUGGAAUGUUGAUAGAAAUUGGCUUGAUUUUUCUAUGAAAAAAAGAUGUACUGUGUAGAUGUUCUUAACAUAAUUUGCAAUUCAACAUUUAUGUUGCUAUUUAUAAUAUUCAUAACUUGCUGACAGGUGGCCCAAACAGAGUCUGAACCUUAAGACGGCCUUCUUAACUGCAGCCACUCUUGGAUAGGUGGUUGUGUUAUCAUGAAGGUGUGUGUGCAGUGACUUAGUUUUGUUUCCCAAAAGGCCGUUUUGAAAGUUUUUAUGUUGUGCUUUCAUGAAUUGUUUGGAUUCUUCUGUCCAUUUAACAAGUUGUUUUUGCCAAAA